GCUUCACUGGAUCGAAAACCAAGGUAAAAUCAAAAUUCAAACGUAGCGGGAAAAGAAAAAAAUGAAUCCACAGCCAACUAUAUAAUCUCUUUCAGUACUUGCUUCUCUACAGUACACACUCUGCCGGCCUUUUCUCCGGCGAAAUGGGCGACGCUAAGAAAAGUAAUCGGAAACCAGUCAGCCUAAACGAUAGCCAUUAUCGUCUCCUCCAAGAAUUCUCCGCUCCUCCUAAAUCUAAACCUCGUCCCUCCACCUCCUCCGAUGAAGAAGAUAACUCAUGCAAGAUUAAACCCGAACCACGCCGUCGUGUUGUUGACGAUGAUAAUGAAAAUGAAAUCCCUAAGUUCUUCGGAAACACCGAUUUUGAUUCUUCAUCUGAAGAGAAAAAGCCUUCGAAGGUUAAGAUUGUAGGGAGGCGUCGUCUCUGUAAAGUCUCGUCUCGAGACAAGGAAAAUGCUGGGAGUGGAGUAGCUGUAGCUGAGUCUAAUGAACCUAGUUUUUCUGAUAUUACUGAUUUUGACUCGCCUCUGCCGUCUAAUAAUGUUGCUGUUAGCAAGGGCAAUCAGGGCGCCGAUGAAAUUAGAGAUAUUCUUACUGAUUUGAGCUCUAGGCUUGGUCUUUUGACGAUUGAGAAAACGAGAGGUGUAGACAAGGUGGAUGAUAGUCGUUUGGAUUUUGUUGAUGGUGGAGAUGGAGAAAAGAAAGUUGAUAUGGCUGAGUAUGAAAGUGCUGGUUCUUCAUUUUCUGGCUCACCCGAUCCAUCUGAUUUGAAUCAGAAUAUUGAUGGUGGCAUUAGUAGUGUUGUGGAUGAGUCACGAGGUGAUAGCUUUGUCCAUAAGACACAAUUGGCCAGCAUGAAUACUAGUGGGUUACAAGGGAAUGAAUGUGGAAAAGAGAAGGACAAUUUGGUAGAUGUUUCUAACAGUGAAGAAGUUGAAGCUAAUUCAAGAAGUGAGUUCGAGCCUAAAAUUCAGGUUACCAGGGAGAGGAAAACUAACAAAGAUUCUCAGAAAGUAAAGAACAAUGAAACCAAGAUGGUGCAAGAGAGACUGCGGUUUGCGGGACAAUCUUCUGUGUCCAAUCUUAGGAAUGAAGAAGAGGACGAGGAUGAUUGCUUGGUUAUUAAGCGAAAAAUGGUAUCUAAAGCAGCUGGGAAGUGUAUUGGUAAGCGAGAAGGGCCAUCUAAUUUUUCUAGUCCAAUUGAUUUGUCCGAUGAUGAUACAAAUGAUUCAGUUGUGGAGGAUGAGGGUUCUAUUGUUUUGGCUGGUCCGGGAUCUACAUUUAAACUUUCGAGCAAAAUUUCAAAAAUGCUGUAUCCACAUCAACGUGAUGGGUUAAAGUGGUUAUGGUCUUUACAUUGUAUGGGAAAGGGCGGAAUUUUGGGAGAUGAUAUGGGCCUGGGGAAGACAAUGCAGAUUUGUGGCUAUCUAGCGGGGCUGUUCCAUUCGAAGUUAAUUAAAAGGGCAUUGAUUGUAGCCCCUAAAACACUACUUUCACAUUGGAUUAAAGAACUGACCACCGUGGGGCUUUCUAGAGAAACUAGGGAAUACUUUGGGACCUCUUUGAAAGCUCGAGAAUAUGAACUGCAGUUUAUACUUCAGGACAAAGGUAUUCUCCUUACAACUUAUGAUAUAGUGCGGAAUAACUCCAAAUCCUUAAGAGGAGAUUGCUACUCUGCUAGUGAGGACAGUGAGGAUGAUUACAUAUGGGAUUACAUGAUCCUUGAUGAGGGGCAUCUCAUAAAAAAUCCUAGCACGCAGAGGUCGAAAAGUUUGCUUGAGAUACCAAGUGCUCAUCGUAUUAUCAUUAGUGGCACCCCAAUCCAAAACAAUCUUAAGGAAUUAUGGACUUUGUUCAACUUUUCUUGCCCCAAUUUGCUUGGUGACUAUCGCUGGUUCAAGGAAAACUAUGAGCAUGCCAUCCUUCGAGGAAACGAAAAGAAUGCUUCUGCAAGGCAAAAGUAUACUGGUUCAACAGUUGCAAAGGAGCUAAGAGAGCGCAUUCAACCAUAUUUUUUGCGUCGCUUGAAGAAUGAAGUGUUCAAAGAAGAUGAUUCUACCACUGCCACACUUUCCAAAAAGAAUGAGAUGAUUGUAUGGCUAAGACUUACUAGUUGCCAGCGACAACUAUAUGAAGCAUUUUUGCAGAGUGAGCUGGUUCUAUCAGCUUUUGAUGACUCACCACUAGCUGCAUUGACGAUUCUGAAGAAAAUAUGUGAUCACCCACUUCUCUUGACCAAAAGAGCUGCUGAGGAAGUAUUGGAAGGAAUGGAUUCAAUUCUAAAUCCAGAAGAUUCUGGUAUUGCAGAGAAACUGGCUUUGCAUGUCGCUGAUGCAGCUGAAAGAGCUGAAUUUCAAGAGAAGCAUGCUAAUAUCUCAUGCAAGAUAUCAUUUAUAAUGUCACUACUGGACGACUUGAUUCCUAAGGGGCAUAACAUUCUUAUCUUUUCUCAAACGUGCAAAAUGCUUAAUCUUAUUCAGGAAUCUUUAGAAUCAAGUGGUUAUGAGUACUUGCGCAUUGAUGGCACUGUUAAAGCUGCUGACAGAGUGAAGAUUGUUGAUGAUUUUCAAAAAGGUGUUGGUGCUCCUAUUUUCCUCUUGACAUCUCAAGUUGGCGGUCUUGGCCUCACACUCACGAAAGCAGACCGUGUUAUUGUGGUUGAUCCUGCAUGGAAUCCAAGCACUGAUAAUCAAAGUGUUGAUCGAGCAUAUCGAAUUGGCCAACAGAAAGAUGUCAUUGUGUAUAGGUUAAUGACGUGUGGAACAGUAGAAGAAAAGAUAUACAGAAAGCAGAUAUACAAAGGAGGGUUGUUUAAAACUGCAACUGAACACAAGGAGCAGAUUCGGUACUUCAGUCAGCAGGACCUUCGAGAAUUAUUCAGCCUUCCUAAGCAAGGAUUUGAUAUAUCGCUCACUCAGCAGCAAUUACAUGAGGAACAUGACCACCAGUUCAAGAUGGAUGAGUCUCUUGAAACCAACGUAAAAUUCCUGGAGACCCUAGGUAUUGCCGGGGUUAGUCACCACAGUUUAUUAUUCUCCAAAACAGCUCCUGUAGAAGCUGUAGAUAUAGAAGAGGAAGAAAUAAGGAGGAAGCAAACUACAUUUGUUGGAAAUUCUUCACGUACAACACUCGAACGCAAUGUCGAUGGAGCGGGGCAUGCCUUCAAUCCGAAGGAUGUAAAACUAAACCAGAAAAGCGCUUCCCCAGAUAGUGUUGGCAAACUAACAGAAUCUGAUAUCAAAGAGAGAAUCAAUCGGCUGUCGCAGCUAAUUGGUAACAAGGCAACAGUUUCAAGAUUACCAGAUCAAGGAGCCAAAUUGCAAAAACAGAUAUCUGAAUUGAAUUUAGAGCUCAACAAGAUAAAGAUGGAUAAAACAACUCGGAAUGAAGUCAUUGAUCUCGAUGAUCUAACCGAGGACCUUCAAAGAGUGUUGAAUGUAUAGACCACGUUAGCGAAGCAAAUGUGCUUUUUUGAAACAGCCUGAAUGCAUUAUUUUGCUGGCUAUGUUGAAAGGUUUUUUCUUUCAACAUGCAACAUUUGAUUUGGUACUUCACUGAUCUGUGAAAACAUAUGUGUAUAUAUAUUUUGUGCACUAGCUUUAAGUGCAAUUAAUCUAUUUUGAAGUUGCCUACCAAA